CGACUCUGCUAGCCACUGUUCGCGCCCAGGACAGGUCGAACAAUCCUGUCGAGACUGUGCCCCCAAGUGGAGUUACCAAGUCGAGAGUCAGCACUUACCGCCCUCGAGGUCUGGUAGAGGUAGACUUUGGUUGACCAACCCUUUGUUGCUGCUGUUUUUUGCCAGUAGGUGGAUAAGUGCUCCAGUGAAAGGGAGCCUCUUAGUUCAAGCAGGAAUAAACCGCUACUGUACUCUUUCCCAACGAAGGUACCAGUGGCAUCGCGUAAAGACCUCGUGGGCUGAUCCCUGCCUCUACAGACAACAGGCGACCUCUGGUCCUCUGCAGGGCAGGUCGGGGCUCGCUAGGAGUUCUUUGGAGCUUGGUGUUUCUGGACCGGGCCACGUUUUUGACUGCCGACUCCACCAACUCCCGAGCAAGAACGCCCCCUUUCUUUUCUUUCUCUUUUUCUGUUGUUCCCCGAGCCUAUAUUGUUCUUUCUCUUCCCUCACUCCUUGUGAGAUCCUGUCAAGUUUGUAGCAGCCUUGCAGCAGCCUUGCAGCAGCCAUCAACAUGUCAGCCAUGGACAAAUCAGCCGAUUACGCCGUCGACUUCCGCGACGACCAGGAGGAUGAUGUCGUCGUCGAUGACAGGAUUGGCACCUUGGCCGACAGGAAAGCCAUGGCACGCCUCGGCAAGGAGCAGGUCUUCAAGCGCAACUUCAGCUUUGUGUCGAUUCUCGGAUUCGCCCUCAUUAUCAUGAACACCUGGGAGACGAUUUUGACAACCGUGGCAUUCGGGUUGGGAAACGGCGGUCCCGGAGGGCUGAUUUGGACCUUCGUCGCCGGAUGGAUUGGUUUUCUUCUGGUUGGAGUCUCGAUGGGGGAGAUGGCCUCAAUGGCACCGACUUCAGGCGGCCAAUACCACUGGGUGUCUGAAUUCGCACCUCCCAAUGUGCAGAAGGUCCUGUCAUACUUCAUCGGUUGGCUGGGUAUCCUCGGCUACCAGACAGGUACGACCAUCGGCGCAUAUGUCUCUGGCACCCUGAUCCAGGGUCUCAUAAUUUUGAACAACCCGAAUUCAUAUGUGCCUCAGAGAUGGCAUGGGACAUUGAUCGCAAUGCUCAUCACCAUCUGUGUGGCCUUCUUCAAUAUCUUUCUGGCCAAGCAUUUGCCUCUGGUCGAGGGUAUGAUUUUGGUCCUUCAUAUCGCUGGGUUUGUGGCCAUCAUGGUCCCGCUCUGGGUGAUGGCUCCGCGGACUUCGAGUUCAGAAGUAUGGACUUCAUUCACAGACCUCAAUGACUGGGGAAGUGUGGGACUUGCCUGCUUGAUCGGUCUGAUUACCUCUGCUGGUUCCCUGGUCGGUGGCGAUGCUGCCGCACACAUGGCCGAGGAGUUGAAAAACUCGUCCAAAAUGUUGCCCCGGGCCAUGAUCGGUACAAUCAUCGUCAACGGUGCCCUUGGCUUCGUAAUGCUAGUAACAUUCCUAUACACCCUCGGUGACCUUGAUGAGGACAUCGCCUCAGCAACCGGAUACCCCAUCAUACAGGUCUUUUACACCGCCACAGGAUCUGCAGGUGGAGCGACGGGCUUGACCAUCAUCAUCAUCAUCCUCAACAUCUGCUCCAACCUGACCACGAUGGCUGGCUCAUCCCGACAGAUGUUUUCUUUUGCUCGUGACAAAGGAGUCCCCUACCAUCACUUGAUUGCCCGGGUUCCACCUGGGUACGAUGUCCCGGUAAACGCGCUUAUCGUCUCCGUCGUCUGGGCGUGUGUGUUCCACUGCAUCUACAUCGGCUCCGCAGUUGCAUUCAACAUCAUCAUGUCAAUUGGGACAGUCGCUCUCCUCACAUCUUACAUGGUUUCCAUCGGCACGAUCACCUGGAAACGCAUCCGUGGGCAUCCGUUACUUCCGUCCAAAUUUUCGCUGGGCAAGUUCGGUCUCCCCAUCAAUAUUGCCUCUCUGCUCUUCUGCUUCAUCGUCUAUAUCUUUGUGUUCUUCCCAUCGAUGCCGAACCCGGAGCCGAUCGGGAUGAACUGGGCUAUUGCAGUGUAUGGCGGUGUGUUGGUGUUGGCGGCCAUUUACUUCGUUUUGCAAGCAAGGCACCACUAUGUUGGACCCGUCGCCUAUGUCAGAAAGACCAUAUGAAGCUCUGGCGUAUCUGUUGGACAUAACCCGAAGCACAGUAUUUUUUCGGUGACAACUGUUUGUGAGGGGUGUGGUGGUUUCCACAAGGAUACUGCACAUACUCUGGCUGCUGCAUAAAAGUAUAUAGACCAUACUGUAGAAAAUAAAUUGCUACAGUAUCAAGAAUCAUGACUGCGACUA